AUGGCUCGCAGGUCAUCUUCAAAAGCUAUUAUUCGCCGCCGUUUGCUAAAAGCAGUGCGAAACCUCAGCUUAGAAGUCCAAGCCGGUAUCUUGAUCGGGGUGGGUGUCGUUGUUGGCUUUCUUUUGGGUUUCACCGCAUCGUUGGGGAGAAAAGCAACGAGAAACUGUCCCGACUCUCCAAUUGCACAGAAUCUGAGAAUUUCCAUUUCUUCAACAGACAGAUGCGGGGACCCAAAGUCUCCUUGUUAUGUUUUCGUUUUUGGCACCGGUCGCUCUGGUACCCAACAUCUAUCUCGCGUCUUGAAACCGAAGCCGAACCCUGCUGUCCCAGUGUACGUAACGCAUGAAGAAGAGCACCUCAGGGCCCGAACCAAACUCGUUGUCCACAGAGACUACCGAAGGUUGGCUGCUUGUGCAGAUAAAGCCCAAUUCAGAGUUCAAGCUGAACAAUAUAUCACGCGAGUGAAGCUUCCGUUUUACACCAAGUUGCUUAAGCGACACAGUGCUAAGCGUCUUGUCUACACAGGGCAUCUGCCAAUGGCAUUUGGCCUCGGGCCAGCAUUGGUGAGAACGCUUCCCCCCGGCACCGUACGUGUUCUACGCCUGAGAAGAGAAAGAAUCGCGACGGCUGUUUCACUUAUGGCUUUAGGGCCAGAAAAAGAGGAUCCUUGGGGAGCGACGACAGAACGAGACUCGGAUGGACAGCUGAUUUACGCUGACGCCGUAAACAGACGGUGGUUCCCGAAGCCAUCAGAUGCCAUGGUUCGUCUUCAUGUUGAAGCACAUGUAUGGGCGAAACUAAAUCGCUUCCAAAGGUGGCUGUGGUAUGUCGACGACGUUGAAUGUCGAUGGCAAGCCUUUCGCCACAGUCUCGGAAGCCGAUUUUCUUUGAUGGAGGAAAGUCUGGAGAACCUAAACAUGCUAGAUGGAGGUCAAAGUUUGGUACGUGUCGCGGAGUUUAUGGGAGUGGCUGUCGACUGGUCCAAGGCUGGAGCCCGAGAUAACAGUAUUGAGCACAAGAUGCGCGUCAAAGUGAAUGCGUCAGAAUCGUCCCUUCGACAGUGGGACGAGGCGUAUCGCCAAGCAGUCGGAAGUUGCAGAAUUAGUAGUAAAUAUUCCUAUGGUUGGGGCGGACGUCACCCCGAAACCUAG